UGAAGUAGGGGAGUCACUGGGACGUCGUGGAGAGGGUAAAAAUUUGUCCCACGUCCCACGAUUCUGGCAUCACUGCUGCCAUCUAGCAAAAUAAUUAACGCAAACAUGCUCGUCCGCUCACAGUAAACAUUUCAUAAGAUUUUCUGUUUUUUUUUAUCGAAUAUUGUAACAAAUAUAAGGAAAUAUGGCUAAUCCGAAUUUGACGGAUAUGACAGAGGAGGAUGCAGCUGAUCUACAGUUUCCAAAAGACUGCUCGUCGAGUAGAACAGAAAAGAUCGAGCAUGACAUAGAACUCGAGGUGUCAGUCGUGAAGGAUGAAAUCAUUACUUCAGACCCAACAUGUCGCGUAUGCACAUCUGCUUUGACAGAGCCGUAUAUUCGUUGUGCUGUGUGUAAUAACAUGGAAUUGUGCCCCUCUUGUUUCUCCAACGGAUCAGAAAUUGGCAAUCACAGAAACGAUCAUGACUAUAUUAUCAUAAAGAAUGAGUUUCCAUUGAUCGAUGAAAGUGGGUGGACAGCAAAACAAGAGCUAGAGUUUCUAGACGUGUUACAGGAAUGUGGUUUUGGCAAUUGGGUCGAUAUGGCGAAAAGAAUGCAAGGAAAAUCUGCUGAUGAAUGCAAAAAUCAUUAUCUUCAGCACUAUAUAGAUAAUCAGACUCUACCAGGAUUGCCAAAAAUCGAAGAAACAAGAGCAAGUUUAUUUGGUUGCGAACCUGUUCCUUACUUGUAUAAAUUACAGGACUUGGAGGAACCUCCUAGGUUCGCACCCAAUACUCUUAAUUGUAAACUUCUGGCUGGAUAUAAUCCUGCAAGAUCAGACUUUGAAGUGAACUUUGAUAAUCAUGCAGAGUUAUUGAUAUCUGAUUUAAACUAUGACGAGUUUGAUGCAGCUGACAGUAACUAUGAAUUAGGAAAAGAAUUGCAAAUAGCUAUAGUGCAAGCAUAUAAUAACAGACUAAAGGAACGUAUGAGAAGAAGAAAGAUUAUACGUGAUCAUGGAUUAAUAGCAUUUAGAAGGACUAUAUCCUGGUUGCAAAGAUACGAGUGUACGAUAACUAGAACGCUCGCCGAGAGAUUAUUAAUUUUCAUGCAAUUAUUUGGAGGUAUAGAGUUUGAUUAUUUUAUGGAAGGUUUACACCGUGCCGGUGAACUUAAGAAUUAUCUUAAUAAACUUUUCGACUUUCGCAGUAAUGGUUUGAGACACUUUCAUAGUGUUCCAAUGUUUCAAAAAUUAAAUAAACUUAGACAGGAGAAUGAGAAGGAGAGGAAACAAUAUUUAAGUAAUCCUGAAUAUAGUUGGAAGACGAUAUUACCUGGUUGUAACAUUAAUUUUAAUAGCACUAUACCAAGUUCGAUAUCACAACGAAAAACAGCGCCUCCGCUUGUAAUUAAAGGUCUUCCAGGUUACGAGAAAUUAAGUCCUGCCGAAAAAGAACUUUGCUCAGCCACGCGUAUUGUUCCCGCUAAUUACUUAGAUUUUAAACAAAUUUUAAUAGCAGAGAAUAAGAAGAGCGGUUGUCUUCGAUUGGCACAAGCUAGGGUUCUUCUUAAAAUUGAUGUAAAUAAAACACGUAAAAUAUACGACUUCCUUACAGAAAAAGGAUAUAUAAAUAAACCGAAUCAAUGACGUAGGUUUAAUUAAUUAUAUUGAAUUGUGUUUAACGAGAACUGUCAGAAUUGUGAUAUUAUUUAUUAAGAUUUAUAAUUAAGAAUUUAUAGUAAGGAUUAACCAGUCGACUGAGAAUAAUGAAGUGAGUAUAUAGAGCAAUGUACAAAGAAUAAUCUAAUAAUUAAUAAAAUUAUGUGCCUAUUAAUCUGUAAAAUAUGUGUAAAUAAGCAAUUGUAAUGUUUUAUUCAGGAUUUGUACAAUAUUAAUAAUGUAACAUCUAUUUUAUAACGUAUACUAAUAAAACAUAUUUAAGACUCGUAAACGGUGGUAUUUAAUGAAACAAAUAUAUAUUUUACAAUUAAUGAAAUGAUUAAUCGAA